CGCGGACCGCUGCAGUUAUUGCCGUCACCGUCCUCACCUCGCUGCCCCAGAGGCCACUGAUCUCCAUACUCCAUCGAUCGAGGUAGGCAGCUACCAGCUAGUACGACAGAAGCACACACAAUAAUACGUAGAUACAUACUAUUACGCUACACGUACAUGGGCCGAAAGCCUGGCGGGGCUAGCGCCGGCGCCGGCUGGCUGGCCACCGUCCGGAAGGUCUUCAAUCCCUCCAAGGACCUGCGCCACGCCAAGAAGAGGGGAGGUGACGUCGAGGCCUCCACCGCGGCCGGCGUGGAGGCGGCAGAGAUAGUCUCCAUCGAUCACUUCCCGGCGGCCGAGACGUCGUCAGAGGUGACGAAUGAGGGCAGCGGCGCAGUGGUGUGGAGGGAGCUGGAGGACCGCGGAGAAGUGGCGGGCGCCCGGAGGGACCGCCGAGGCAUGGCAGCAGUGACGGCGGUGUCGAGGGCGGUGAUGAUUGCCGCGGCACGCGGGAGGGCCUGCAGCAGGGAGGAGCGAGCCGCCGUGCGCAUCCAGGCGUUCUACCGGGGAUACUUGGCGAGGCGAGCCCUGCGCGCCCUGCGCGGGCUGGUGCGGCUGCAGGCGCUGGUGCGCGGCCACAAGGUGCGGCGUCAGGUCCACCUCACAAUGCGCCGCAUGCAAGCGCUCGUCCGCGCGCAGGCCCGUGUCCGCGCGCGGUGCCUCACCUCCCCCGUCGGCAGGCGCGCCGGCCGGCCCGAUGCCCAGCGCCGUCCCAGCUUUCUCGUCCCCAGGCACGGGCUCGCUCAGCACCAUGGUGGCAAGCGCUCUUUUGGACACGACCGCGUCGGAUUAAACGAAGCUGACCUAUUGCACUUGCAAGACCACGAGACGCCGAUACAGGUGCAGGCUCCUCAACGGCGCAGGAACGUGGGCCCUUUUCUGAACGAAACGCGGGACGCCGUCCGGGCCGAUGGCAUGUUGCGCCGGCACGACAUGACGGCGGCGGCGGCUUGGGGGGAGAGUGCCCCUACUUAUGAAUACGGAUUCCAGCAUCAGCGGCAGCUUGACGAGUUGGAAGAGAACGUUGAGCCCAACGCCGGCUGGCACUGGCAGCAGCGCUGUAACGCCGGCGUGCAGAGGCAGCAGCACGUCGCCGAGCAGGCCAACCAGCACGCCGUGGCUGAGACGUCCUACAUGACGGCGGCCACAACCGAUGGCAUCUCCGAGAACACCGUCGAGAUGGAGGCCUCCAGGAAGAGCCCCGCGAGGGACCUCUACCUUGUCCGUCCUCCGGCAAUCCCAGGGUACAUGGCGGCGACGCAGUCGGCGCGCGCCAAGGCCCGCAUGGCACCGCCGGCUGCUCCAAGGGCGAACGUCCGGAGCAGGUCUGGAACGGUGGCGCCCAAUGGGUGCACGAAGGUGGGGAGCGUGAGCCACAUCGGUGGCAGCAGUGGGGGUGGCACCCGUGCGCCGCAGCAUAGAGCUUGGCAGAGCCCCGAAUCGAGUUGCAGCGGCGACCGGACACCCCCAGAAUUAGGCGGGCGGAGUAGGAUGGCCUUUGCUUGAGCUUGACAUGGACGUGAUCACGCACAAAUGCUUGGAAUAAUCAGAAGUGGAAACCGUUUUCCUGUUACAUGUUUACCAAUGUAUUGCGAGGUCCUUAUAACUAAUUGAUGUCUACUUGUUGGAUUUACAGGUCAGUUCUACUCUUGUAUAGUGUAAUCGGCAUCAGUUCGGCACAAGGCUCAGGGAAAGUUACUUAGUUGUUUAUCGCCUACCUUUAUAAAUGAACUGUAAUGCUCCAUACUUGAUCAUGAUUUGAUAAUUAAUAAUUAAAAUUUUAUUAUAAUUGCAGUA